CCUAUCUCGGCUGCACGGACAUUACUUGCCUCCGCCGAGCUCCCCACCCUCACCCGGGAAUGACCGAGGAUCCAUUCAAACGCGUUCGGAGCAGAACUGCUACUGUGUAUUUAAGUGCUAAGAUAGUCCGGGAUUUUAGCGCAGGCUGUCUUGUCUGUCUUUAUAGGAUUUUCUAUCCCUUUUUCUUUUUUUUUUUUCUUUUUUUUUUUUUUUUUUUCCUUGUUUUGCGUGCCCCAUACCAAGAUAAUACUGACCUGAAAGGAGUAAAUCUAAUAGUAACUUAUGUCUUUGUGUAAUUUGUUGGCGGUUUCAUGAGAGAGCAGGCGUAUACUUAUUCCGCCGGUCGGCCAAAUAUCCCCUGCGGCCUCCCACUAAUUGAGGGAAUGAGGAAAGUUUGCAAGUGUCAACAGAAAGCCACAGGAUAGCCCGG